UAAAAUUUAAACUUAUGAAAACAACACUGUUGACGGUCUUAACACUCUUAGUGUUAGGGAAUUCUUAAUAGGUAGACAUUCAUGCUAAAGAUGUCUAUUUUAUUGUUAAAGGAGUGGUAGAAGGAGUGUAAGUUGAUGAUCACGUAGAAGUCAAAGAAAUUGUGUCUUGCUUAAAUGACUCAGAAGCAUUAAUAGAAAACAUCGUGAAGGCUAUCACAAAUUUAGAAUCUUAAACCUUUGAUGGAGUUAAAGAAGGAAUCAAAUUAAUCGGAGUAGCCAUUCAAUAAAUUCCAGAUGCUAUCACUGCAUGUGAAUCUGGUUCUGAAGAAAUGGUGGCCUUGUCAAAACUUCUCACCAACAUGCUUGAACAAUUGAGAAACCCUUGGACAUUCUCAUAUAAAAUCGGUUAUAAUUUAAUUGUUAAUGGACUAGACAUCUAUUAGGAAAUUAGCACCGCUAUAAAAGACUGGAAAUCAGAAAUAUAUGAAGAUUUUGGAAAAUAGAUUGGAUUUGUUCUGGUUUAGUUACUUAAGGAAACCAAAAACAUUGAGGCUGUUAUACUUGAUGAUGAAGUCGUAGGAAUAAUAUUUGAGGGAUUACUUGAUGGAAUUCCAAGGACAUUAAAGCUCCUAAAUGUUGCUGGUGGAAUUGUGAUAGAUUUUGAAAAGGCUGUUAGACUAUUGGAAGAUGGUUCCGUCUCAAGUGUCAUCUAGGCUUUAUAAUCCUUUGUAGAGGGUAUCUCUGAGUUCCCAAAGGCUCUUGAGACUUGCUAGUCUUCUUCUCAAGAAGCUGUGAAGUUGGCUGAAAAAAUCAAAGACCUAAUUGAAGCCUUAUCCAAUCCAAGUUCAUUCGUCUAUCAUAUUGGAAAAGAUUUAAUUAUUAAUGGAAAGGACAUUUACUAAGAGAUAUUCGCAGCUGUUGAUGAUUGGAAGUAUGGAAAAUGGAGUGAUUUUGGUUUCUAAUUGGGUAAAGCAAUGGAAUAAAUUUUCGUUGGACUUGAAAAAGAAAGACUAUAUUAAUUAUGAAAUAUUAUUAAUUUCAUACUAAUUAUAACAUAAUUUCUUAUUUAAAUUUAGUA